GGAUAAAGUAUAGACUGCAGUUAUGUGUUAUGAUACAUGCUGAAGGUAUAUCAUUGCAAAGUAUUCAUGGAUAAAUCAUGGAAAUAUAUGGAUAAAGAUUGUUGUUUGGUUGAUCAAAGGCCAGGGACUGACAAUUCAUGGGGCCCCCGGGCAAUAGGGGAUCAUGGGGCCCCUGUGUCCUUGCCCACACUCAAAGCACACCCAAAAAAGCAUAUAAAAGGUACCAGGGGCAUCUCAUGGGGCCCCCUACUGACCCCGGGCCCUCGGGCAGUGCCCGAGUUUACAAAGGGUCAGUCCGCCCCUGCCUACAUCUAUCAAACUAUGGGGGUGAUUUACCAAAGGCAAAUAGACUGUGCACUCUGCAAGGGCAUUUGCUGCAGAGCUUAGUAAAUGAGGUGAUGCUUCACUUUGCAAAGAAUACCCAAUCACAUGCUAGGAAACAAAA